UUGUUCGCGUCAGCUUGUAGAAUUUUGUUGCGUGUUUAUUUUUCUAAUGAUUUAUGUAAAACAUUGUUUUAUGUAACACAUAACUUAUAAAUUUGCUGUUAAAUAAAAUGGCAUCUUCAAGUAAACUUCCUGGUACCGGCUUAGAAGAGGUUGGAGUACCGGGGCAAGUAUUCCUGCGGGACGCGCUCACUUCUUGUACAGAUCCUCUAAAAGCUAUUGAAGAAUUCCAGCUGGAAAAUGGUAUUUUGUUGCCUUCGCUACGGCCUAUGCUACCGUUACUUGACUUGCACGGAGUGCGCAGACUAGACUUUCACACAUCGGUAUUAGAAGAGUUAAGGGAUAAACUUAUAGCCCAUAUUAACGAAUUGGGCACCAAAGAAGGCAAGGAGCAUGAUAAAAAACUAAAGGAAUUGUUAAAUAAGAGCUUUCCAGUAGUGAGAGUCAAAGCCUUAAGGCCGGUGAUUAUGAGUAUACUUAAAAACACUCCACAUUUGGACGAUAAAUAUCUGAGGGUAUUGGUGAGAGACAGGGAACUGUAUAACGACACUGAUACGGAAGUUAAGAGACAGAUUUGGCAAGACAACCAAUCACUUUUUGGUGAUGAAGUAUCACCCUUAUUAAGUCAGUAUAUUAGAGAGAAAGAAAAUGUAUUGUUUGAUCAUGAAAAUCUCACAAAUCUGUUCUUUUCGCCAUCUCCUAAAGUAAGGCGACAAGGAGCUGUAGUUCAGAAGCUGGCCCACAUGAUUGGUAACAGUGUAAAACUUUAUGACAUGGUAUUGCAGUUCCUUCGAACUCUAUUCCUGAGAACCAGAAAUGUACAUUACUGUACCCUAAGAGCUGAACUACUAAUGGCUUUACAUGACCUAGAAAUCCAGGACAUUAUUUCAGUUGACCCUUGUCACAAAUUCACUUGGUGCUUAGAUGCUUGUAUUAGAGAAAGGAAUGUUGAUAUCAAGAGAUCAAGGGAACUUCAAGGAUUUUUGGACAGCAUCAAAAGAGGACAGGAGCAGGUGCUUGGAGACCUGUCUAUGACAUUAUGUGACCCAUAUGCCAUAAAUUUUUUGGCAACAUCAGCAAUUAAAAUAUUGCAACAUUUAAUCAAUACUGAAGGGCUUCCAAGAGACAAUACAAUUUUAAUUCUUUUGUUAAGAAUGUUGGCUCUGGGUCUUAGUGCCUGGGUUAUGAUUGAUUCUCAAGAGUUCAAAGAGCCUAAACUUGACAGUCAAGUGGUUACUAAGUACUUGCCUGCAUUGAUGUCUCUGAUGGUUGAUGACCAGGUCAGAGCUCUACACAACAAACUACCUCCUGAUGAGAGAGAGUCAGCUAUCACCACAAUUGAACAUUCAGGUCCUCCACCAGAUGCCUGUGAGGCUUACAUGAGAGAAAGCUCUGUAUGUGGAGUCCUGGCAAUGUACUACACACUACAUGCUGCAAAAUUAAGAGACCGUGGAGCACUCCUCCGCAUCCUGAGUAUACUAGGCAGUUGUAAAGAUGGCCGAGCCUACGAAGACCCAUUCUUGCACGCUUUAGUAGCUCUCCUGAUACAAUUACCUGAUGAAUUCCAGGGAGAAGACUUCAGUACUGUUUUGUUUGAUGAAUUCUUCUUUGCUGGUCUUUCUAAAGAUAAUGUAACAAGACAUCUUCUAAAGUUGCUCUGGUACAUUCACCCUAAGUUACCAGAGACAAGAAUACAGACCCUUAUGAAGGCAUUGCAGCCAGGAACUCAGCAUAAUGAAUCUGUACAUAAACUGUAUGAGACCUUGCAACAGAAAAUGAAUGCCCAGGUGGAACCCACACCCAGCACAAGUGAGAUGGAAUAUCUGGACUCUCCUCUUAUGAGUGUGCCUAUGCCUACACCAGCGCCAUAUCAUAAUAUGUGAAGUGAAAGUGACAGUGCCUACAACUGUGAAGAUAUUUUUUUAAGACAUCUGAAAAUAUUGACAGGUUAGGCCACUUAGCUAUAUAAUUUAUUGUAGGUAUUACGACGUAGUAUUUUAAACACAGUUGAUUAUUGUAUUAAUAGAUCACAAAAUAAAUUAAUUAAAAUCACUGUAAAUAUUUAUUAGUACCAACUUACAAUAAAUGCUUUUAAAAUUAA